UCAUCAUGGAAGCAGUGACAAGGGUUCAAAGCUUUGCUGAAUCUAAACUACCCCACGUCCCUGCUCAAUACAUUCAGCCUCUUCACGACCGACCCACCUCUCAAAACUCCUCCCUCAACAUUCCCAACAUCGAUUUAUCGGCCCCUACCAAUUCCCUGCGCCUUGCCUGCAGAGAGUGGGGCGCAUUCCACGUCACCAACCACGGAGUCAAUCUCGAACUCCUCCGCCGCAUGCGGUGUCUCGGUCGCUCCUUCUUCGAAGAAACCCCCAUGUCCGGCAAGCUCAAGUACGCCUGCGACCCCACCUCCGCCGCCUCCGAGGGUUACGGCAGCAAAAUGUUAGUCAGCAAAAACGACACCGUCUUAGACUGGAGAGACUACUUUGACCACCACACAUUGCCCAUAUCCCGCCGCAACCCACUUAAGUGGCCGGAGUCUCCGGCCGAUUAUCGGCGAACGAUAGAGGAGUACAGUGACCAAAUGAACGCUUUGGCGAAGAGGCUUUUGGGCUUGAUUUCGGAAAGUUUAGGGUUGAAAAGAGAUUAUUUUAAGGAUUUGGUGGGUGAAUUCUACCAGAAUAUAACGGUUAGUUAUUAUCCAGAGUGUCCGCAGCCAGAGCUGACGCUUGGGUUGCAGUCACAUUCUGAUAUGGGCGUUAUAACGCUGCUGAUUCAAGAUGAUGUUGGAGGGUUGCAGGUUUUGAAAGAUGGAGAGUGGGUGACUGUUGAGCCUUUGGAUGAUGCCAUUGUUGUUAUUUUGUCUGAUCAAACUCAGGUUAUAACCAAUGGAGAGUACAUAAGUGCCAUACAUCGGGCCAUAACAAAUGCCAACAGGGCACGGCUCUCAGUUGCUGCAUUUCAUGACCCAGCAAAGACUGUGAAAAUAUCCCCUGCUUCUGAGCUUGUCAGUGAAUCUUCUCCUUGCCAUUAUCAGGACAUUUUUUAUGGAGACUAUGUAUCAUCUUGGUAUACAAAGGGUCCAGAAGGAAAAAGAAAUCUUGAUGCACUCUUGCUGAAUAGUUAGAUUGCAAUGCUCUCACCUUGUUUGAUUCUUUAAAGUGAAAGCAUAUUAAACCUUCAUCAUCUCUUUAUACAUUAAUUUCUAAAACUUUUGCGAAUUUGUGUUGCACAUUAUUUUCUAAGGUUGCAAAUUAAUAAAGCAUGAACCAAAUGUUAAAAUAUUCUAA